GCACAGAUCCUCAGGCCGGCCUGAAGUACGCAACGCUGAGGCUGCCUGAGGGCUGUGGAAGUUGCUCCUGUGUGAGGGCUGAGAAAAUCACAAAGCACAUGAAUCAGCAAGAAUUAGAUCCAGAUAGUACUACAGAUAUGGAAGUUGUUACAGAUACUGAAGAAGAACUUAUUAGAGAGUGUGAACAGAUGUGGAAAGACAUGGAAGAAUGUCAGAAUAAACUGUCGCUUAUUGGAACUGAGACUCUCAGUAAUUCAAAUGCUCAGCUAUCAUUAUUAAUUAUGCAAGUGAAGUGUUUGACGGCUGAACUCAAUCAGUGGCACAAAGAAACACCUGAAAUAACUCCCCUGACUGAAGAUGUUCUGAUAACAUUAGGGAAGGAAGAGUUCCAAAAAUUGAGACAUGAUCUUGAAAUGGUACUAUCUGCUAUUCAGUCAAAGAAUGAAAAGUUAAAAGAAGACUUAGAGAGGGAGCAACAGUGGUUGGAUGAACAGGAACAAAUAAUGAAAUCUCUUAAUGGACUAUACAGUGAAUUGAAAAAUCAAGUUGUAACAUUUUCUGAAUCAAGAAUCUUUAAUGAACUCAAAACUAAAAUCCUUAAUAUAAAAGAAUUUAAGGAGAAACUUUUGAUUAUCUUGGGUGAGUUUCUAGAAGACCAUUUUCCUCUGCCUGAUGGAACUGUUAAGAAGAAAAAGAAAAUCAUUCAAGAAUCGACUGCACAGCUGAUAACACUGCAUGAAGUGUUAGAGAUUCUUAUAAAUAGAUUAUUUGAUGUUCCACAUGAUCCAUAUGUCAAGAUUAGUGAUUCCUUUUGGCCACCUUAUAUUGAGCUGCUGCUGCGUAAUGGAAUUGCCUUAAGACAUCCAGAAGAUCCAACCCGAAUAAGAUUAGAAGCCUUCCAUCAGUAGAAGGUUGAUCUCUUUUCAUACAAUAAAGAAUCUUGUCAUCCAAACAUUAGAGGAAUUCAGGACUAUUUGAAUAAGGAUUAUUAACUGCAGAUCAAAGUAGUAGUCCAUCUUUUAUCCUUAGAAGGUACAUACUGCCAUCUAUUCAUUUUUAAAAUGGUCUUUUCUGAUUCAUUCAAUUCUUUGCUGUUUUAAACUACAUGGACAGUAGUGCAAGUAAAAAAAUAUUCUGCACUUAUAAAGCAUUUGAUGUACCUUAUCCAAUAUUCUUUUAGUCAGUUUUUUGGUUAACUUACAAUGUGUGUAAUAUAAUUUUUAAAAAAUUUGUGGCAAUAUCUUUUAUUCUUUUUGAGUUCCAUUUGAUGCAUAAUGCCUUUAUAUUUGGGAAUUACAGUGCUUCAACACAUAAUAGAGAAAAGAUAGACUGGAAGAAGAUAUUUUUAAAUCAUAUAUCUUACCUUAUUUAAUUUGUAAGUGGUUUUAAAGUUGAAGUAAUAUCCAAUGUAGCAAGUGGCUUAAUUUAAAAAUAUUUAGCAAAAUGUUUCAUAUGUAUUACAUUGUUUUUAGAUUUGUUAAAAAUUGGACUUAAAAAACUAAUGGAUAAAGCUAGGGUGAAAGCUAUAUUUUAAUACAUAUUAUAUACCAAGUGAUUUUUUAUAUUAAUCUAUUCUUGACUCUGCUAAUAUUACCAACAAAUUUAUGUUUGUGACAUUUUGUGAAUUUUUUGUAAAUAAAAUUAUAAG